ACGAGGGGAAUUUGACCCAGUGACGUUGAGCUUAUGCGCUGAUGUUUGGAUACAGGAAGCUUGUAGUAGACAGCGAGGCCGGACCGAGGCAAGAUGGCUUGCAGUGACUUGGAUAAGCCUAGCCUUGAUGAUUUCUACUAUGAUACUGACAGUCCCAGUUGUGCAGCAGCCAUGGAGAAAGAAACCGAUUCAUAUCUGAGCCCGACAGAGAACCCCUCCAAUAUAAGUGUCUCUGCUAGUAUCCCCCCAGACCAGCAAGGCUAUGACGUGGAGUUUGACCCUCCGCUAGAGAGCAAGUAUGAGUGCCCUAUCUGUCUGAUGGGUCUUCGCUCUGCGGUACAGACACCAUGUGGACAUCGAUUCUGCAACUCAUGCAUCAAGAAGUCAAUCAGGGACACAGGGCAAAAAUGUCCAGUUGACAAUGAGGUGCUGCUUGAGGAACAGCUCUUCCCUGAUAACUUUGCCAAACGAGAGAUCCUCUCACUCACUGUCCGAUGUCCUAAUGCAGGAUGCAGUGAUAAAAUGGAGUUGCGCCAACUGGAGAAACACUCGUCUCAGUGUAAGUUUGCUACAGUGCAGUGCCCUCAGUGUCUGGAGUCUGUUCGUAAGAGCCAUCUGGAUGAACACAAGAGCCAGCAGUGUUUACAGAGGCUUCUGACCUGUCCUGACUGUGCAGAGAGCUUUGUGUAUGCUGGCAAACAGAUUCAUGAACAGAUUUGUCCUUUCGCCAAUACAGUGUGUGAAUAUUGCGACAUGGAGCUUAUUCGGGAUCAGUUGGCAUUGCACUGUGACACAGACUGUCUGAAAGCUCCUGUAGCUUGUACUUUCAGCACUUUUGGUUGUCGGGAAAAGAUGCCAAGGAAUGAACUAGCCCAGCACAUGCAGGAAUUUACACAGAUGCACAUGCGUUACAUGGCUGAGUUUCUGCGCAGCCAGACUCUCAAUAGCUGCCCAGUGCCGUCAGUCGCCACCCACUCUUCGUCAGACGAACGUGGUGCAUCUGCUCGAGCGCCAGAUUCUUGCCAGUGUAGGCAGGAGCUGAUGAACCUGCGGGAGACGGUAUUAGAGCUGGAGGGUCGGCUGGUUCGUCAAGAUCAACAGAUCCGGGAGCUGUGCAUCCACAACGAGACACAGAAAAUCCAGGUCACAGAUUUACGCCGAAAGCUGGGCACACUGGAGGAGGCCACCCGGGAGCUGGAAGCUCAGCAGUAUCAAGGCAUCUACGUAUGGCGCUUGGAGAACUUCUCAGUUCACCUUCGUAGCCAAGAAGCCGGUCAACCCAUAGUCCUCCACAGCCCGCCUUUCUACACGGGUCGGCCGGGUUACAAACUCUGCCUACGACUGCAUCUGCAAACUCCCAGUGCUCCUCGCUGCUCCAACUACAUCUCACUUUUCGUGCACACUAUGCAGGGUGAGUUUGACAGCCAGCUCUCCUGGCCCUUGCAGGGGAUGAUCCGACUGUCAGUGUUGGACCAGGUCGAGGGGCAGCAUCAUGUGGAAGUGAUGGAGACCAAGCCAGACCUGCAAGCCUUUCAGAGGCCCACUGUGCUGCGCAACCCCAAGGGCUUCGGCUACGUCACUUUCCUGCACCUACAGGCGUUGCGGCAGCGUGGGUUUGUAAAAGACGACGUGCUGUUGGUGCGCUGCGAGGUCACACCACGAUUCGACGCUAGCCUCAGGAGGGAAGGGGUCCAACCUCGGGGGUCCGAACCUUCACUUUGAGUUUCUACAUUGCUCCUUCCUUCUUAAGUUCUCAUAGACACUGCUGAAACUAGGAAAAUGCGGCAAAACCUGUACUUUCUCAGACUCCUUAUGGUACACCAGGCUUAGUAAUGGUGGUUUUACAUAACUCGCAUAUCUGUUUGGAAGUGUUUUAGAUACACUAGCAGUCAAAAGGUUUGGAGCAGUAAGAUUUUUUUAUGUUUUUUAAAGAAGUCUCUUCUCCUCACCAAGCCUGCAUUUAUUUGAUCUAAAGUACAGCAAACACAGUACAAUUCUGAAAUAUUUGUACUAUUUAAAAUAAUAUUUUAAAAUGUAAUUUUUUUCCUGUAAUCAAAGCUAAAUUUUCAGAAUCGUUACUCCAGUCUUCAGUGUCCCAUGAUCCUUCUAGUAUGCUUUCUGUUUGAAUAGAAAGAUCCAAAGAUCAGCAUUUAUCUUAAAUAAAUUAUAGAAAUGAUAGAAAUUAAUACUUUUAUUUAGCAAGGAUGCUUUAAAUUGAUCAAAAGCGAGGAUAAAGAUGAUAAACAUUUAUAAUGUUACAAAAGAUUUCAUUUUUAGAUAAAUGCUGUUCUUCUGAACUUUCUAUUAAGCAAAGAAACCUGAAAAAAUUCUACUCAGCUGUUUUCAACAUAAUAAUGUUUUUGUUUUGUUUUUUCUGAAGAAUCAUGUGACUGGAGUAAUGAUGCUAAAAAAUUCAGCUUUGAAAUUACAAGAAUAAAUGACAUUUUAAAAUAUAUUCAAAUAGAAAAUGGUUAUUUUAAAUAGUAAAAAUAUGUUCAGAAUGUCACUGUUUUUGCUGCGCUUUGGAGCAAAUAAAUGCAGGCUUGGUGAGCAGAAGAGAUGUUUUUAAAAAACAUUCAAAACUUUUGGCUGGUAGUAUCCAAAUGUUUUUCCAGAGUGUUUUAGUGCAAUCAAUGGACAAACUUAUGUAUGAUUAGUAUCACAAAUUUCACUGAAUGUCCUGUCAACCAAGCUAAAUGGUGUCAAAAUAUUUUAAUGGUGCUGCUUAAAGUGUUAGCCGUCAAAAAUUCUUUUAAUGAUACUACAUUCAACUGCAAUUUGUUUGCUGCCUAAUCUGCCAAUUUUACAGUAGAUCCUGUGAGAGGAAAGAGAACAUUUUUGCUUUUUUUUUGACAUGAACUAUGCAUUUUCAUUUAUUUGACACAAUCUGAAAAUUUAAAGUGUAAUUAGUACAGAGCAGCACUGUUUACUGUGAUUAUACUAAAUGUGGUGUUUUGUGUUUAUUAACUUCAUAAAUGGCUUAAGGUGCGGUUACAUUGGCAAUGAAAAUUGUUAAGUGAUGUGUGAAGUGUAGCUCACAAAGAAUCCCUUUCAAUCCAGGCAACUUUCUGUUUGUUAAUGUAGUGAAUCUGCAUAACCAGUUUAAACUUUACCUGAAAUCUUUCGCUCUUGUGCGAAAUUCACAUUCACUUGGAUUUGUAUAUACAUUACUGGAUUUUAUACCAUAACAACGAUAAAAGUGAUCGCACCUUUAAUGCAGAUGUUUGUGUCACCUGAAAGUUGUCAGCUGCUCCAAAUCUCUGAAAGGUGCAGAACAUAACAAGCUUUGUCUCAAGACAUAACACAUUUAUUUUUUACUUAAUUUGUUCCCGAUAUUGCUUACAUAUGUGAAUGUGUUCUAUUUGCUUCAUUGAACAUCUCAUAAUCAGAUAGAAUAUUUGAUGCACAUUAAUCUGAUCAUUGUAUUGACACUGGAAAUCUGACAUAUAUUUCAUAUAAUGUUCUUUUUUUCACUCCAAUAUACAUUGCUCAAAUGUU